UCUCCUCCCCUCCCCUCGUGUGACUGAGAAUGCCCGUGUUGAACUGACAGAGACGAUACGGGCUUAGCAGACAUGGAGGCCCGAUUAAUGACCGAGCCCCAUUACGACACGUCUCGGCUCAGCUAACGUUGUCUUGGAGAAGAGUCCAUUCGUGUUUGGAGAUAUCAAGGAUACCAAUUGCUGUGAGGAAAAAAAACAGGGCGAGGGACAAGAAAUAGAGAGAGAUCCAUUUCGGGGCUCUGUUGAUUCAACGCAGCCGCCAUUUUGUUGACAGUUCGUCUUUUUUAAAUAACGCUGCAUCUAUUUUAUUUAAAUAUCUGCUUCCUUAAAUUUUGCUAUUGCAUUUGUCUCUACUCCUUCGAUAGAAGAGUAUUCUAAGGCAUGGCUGAACUAGCUAACUCGCUAGCUUGCCUGCUAAAUAAUAUUGCAUCGUUAGCCGUCAUAGUUUAGCUUUAGCUACAAAGCUAGCACGAGUCGCUAGGCGAAAAUGACAGGUUAUUCCAUUAUUUGGUUUAGUUUGUAUUUUCUUAUUUGUGAACAUUAUGCAAAUAAACGCAGACUAUCAAAUUAUGUAAAGCUGUCAGAUGGAUACAUUUCCCACAAGUACGGCCACGUUGCUGGAAAUCAGUGGGGCAUAUACUGUGGCGACCAUGUUGAUAUGCACGAAGGGGGGAUUUCGAUCCACAUAAUGUGAACACAGUUUUUGGACUCAUACCGAGCUUGAAGGACGGAGAAAGAGGGCUGGGCAGCCAGGACGGGAGAAAAGACACCGAGCAAGGAUUGCUUUUUAGCUUCCCCAAUAUCCCCAUCCCCCUUCACCCCUAUCCCGUCUCUUCCUGGACCGCUUCCUGGACCGCUGCCUUUUCCUAGAAACUGUACCUGCCGUCCAAAACAUCCCUCCCUAGUCACCCCUCACCCCCUAAAUCUCUGAUGGAUCAGAGGACUCAGGGGGGGCCUGCUACUCCACCCCCCCUCCCCAUCACUGCUCCCCAAGGGGAGCGAGAGAAGGAAGGUGGGGGUGGGAAGAAAGACGAGGAGGAGAAGGAGAUAGAGGGGCCGCAGAAAGACUCCUCUUCUGCUGCAGGUGGAGAGGGCUCCGGUGACCAGCAGCAGUCACCCCAGUUUUCUGUCAAAGAGACUAGCCUCCAUGAGGGCAACGUCAAACUCAAAAUUGGCCUGCAGGCCAAACGCAUGAAGAAGCCGCCCAAGAUCCUGGAGAACUACGUGUGUCGGCCGGCUUUCAGGGCCACUGUGAGACCCAGCGGGCGUGGAGGUGGCCGCGGGAGCCGCGGAGGAGUCGGAGCAGGUGACGGGGUCAACCAGACCCAGAGCCCAACACAUGGCAGGGAGAGAGAGCAGAGUCCUGGCAUUAAACGACCCACCCCACCGUCUUCAUCUCCCUCUGCUGUUGCUGCCCCCACUCCUCCUCCACCUGUUUCUUCGUCUUCCACUACUUCACCAAUUCGAGUGAAUGGGAGUACUCCAGCUAAACGGGGUCCUCCAAAGCUGGCCUGCAAGUCAGACAAGUCGGUGGCAAUGUCGGACGGGAAAUCCGCCAUCUCGACGGAGAGACCCCUGAAUCUUCACCGCCCUUCUGCAGAUGGCAAAAUGCACCACGCCUCUGGGAAGAAGAUGCCCAUGCCCCAAACCAAGUCUCCGACCUCCUCGCCCUCCCCUCUUGAGCCCCUAUCACAGGAACCCAGUGUGGAAGGCGUUACCAAUCCUCCUGGGUACAUUUAUAGCAGUGAGGGUCUGGAGGAGAAGGAUCGGGGCGUUCCUAGUUGGGGCGCUCCUACUGUUACUGAGAAACUAGCGCAACUCAUCGCCAUCUGCCCUCCUUCAAAGUCCACCAAGGUGAAACCCCCCAAAACAACUCCCUCUCCCACCACCCACACCACUUCUAACUUUAUGGCCCCCACCCCAAAGCAGCGAGACCGUGCUAUGGUCAACAGGGCAACCUAUUCUAGAGCAGUCCACCUAGCUCCACCCCCUCCUGUCUCGCGCCCUCCUGGCCGCCCCUAUGGCUCCAGGAACAAUAAAGACUGUGUUUCGGAGAAGUCACCCACCCCACGUGGGAAAGAGGAGGCAGAUGGAGCCGGCAAGUCUGGCAGCAGUAACGACAGCAACAGCAGUCGCAGCAGCAGCCCUGUGCUAACCUACGCCGGCGGCAACAGCCGCUUGGCAACAACUUCAAAGGACAACAACGACAGCAACAGUAAUGGCACGACGCCGCCACAGUCCCGUCUCACUCACUGCCCACCACCCCACUCCGCCUCCUCCUCUUCCUCCUCCUCACCCUCUUGUUUGUCAUCCUGCUCCUCAUCAGAGAAGAGGACAGGGAGCCUGUCAUGUCGCCAGGGCUCCCAAGCCUCUCAAGGACACCACUCCAGAGACCGAGAGAGUCCCUCCCAGGCAGAGGAGAGGGACAGCAGUGAGAGGGACAGCAGUGAGAGGGACAGCAGUGAGCGUGACCGGCACUGCCCCAGAGACAUAUCCAAAUGCCCCCCUCCUUCAGCAUCCGGCAAGCAGGAGUCCAAGACUAAGGGGGCUAAUCAGUCACUCAGAGGGGAGAGAAGCAAGAGCUUGAGCCCCAGUAAACGCAGUCCCAACCCCAGUAAACGCAGUCCCAACCCCAGUAAACGCAGUCCCAACCCCAGUAAACGCAGUCCCAACCCCAGUAAACGCAGUCCCAACCCCAGUAUACGCAGUCCCAACCCCAGUAUACGCAGUCCCAACCCCAGUAUACGCAGUCCCAACCCCAGUAUACGCAGUCCCAACCCCAGUAUACGCAGUCCCAACCCCAGUAUACGCAGUCCCAACCCCAGUAUACGCAGUCCCAACCCCAGUAUACGCAGUCCCAACCCCAGUAUACGCAGUCCCAACCCCAGUAUACGCAGUCCCAACCCCAGUAUACGCAGUCCCAACACCAGUAUACGCAGUCCCAACCCCAGUAUACGCAGUCCCAACCCCAGUAUACGCAGUCCCAACCCCAGUAUACGCAGUCCCAACCCCAGUAUACGCAGUCCCAACAGAGAAAGGGACGGUCGCACCAGCGGGAUCUUCAGUCCUCUGGAGGCUGUGAGACGGACUGCCUCGCCGCCAGAGCCUGCCGGCGACCGUUCACCCCCUCCUCUCAGAGACGAGUCCCCUGGAGAAGAGUCACCGGGCUCGCCUCCAGGGCAGGACAACAAACCCCUGAAGAAGCGGCGAGGCAGAAAGCCUCGCUGGACCAGAAUAGUGAACCGGUCACAGAGGGCGGGCCAGGGCAGCCCAGUUGACCAGCGCGAAACCAUUGUGCCUUUAUCCUCAGGCCUUGAUACUUCCCCACCUAUACGCAGGCCUGUAGGACGGCCGCCUAACCCCAAUAAGGUCAAGCCUUCCACCGUGUCUCAACUCUUUCCACAGCCAGCCAGGAAAAGGGGACGGCCCAAGUCUAAAAUGCCCAGGCUGGAUGCCCCCACUCGGGGACGUCCCCCUCACAAACUGGUACCAUCAAAGGUCUUUUCUUCACAAAAGUCGAAAGAGGAGCAGGACCCCCCUGUUCUCCACCCGGAGGUGGACCUAAAUCCUCCCAAACCUAUGCCGAGGAAGCGGGGGAGACCCAAACGCCUGCCCCCCACCUUGCCGCAGGAGGGUCAGCCCCCCACUCUGGCACCGGAAGGGGGGGAUGGGAAACAGUUCCGGUCCAAGGGCAACGGGCAGCUCAUCAUGAAAACCAUCAUAGGCAAGAUCAAUAAGAUGAAGAGUGUGAAACGCAAACGGUUCCUCAGCCAGAUCCUAUUGGGACCAGGGUCUGGACCAGAGCAGGAGCCCCCCAGAGGAACUGCCAGUGGGGUGGUGGGCCAGGUUGCAGCUGCAACCCAGUCUCUAUCUUCCUUGGCUGCUUCUUUCGGUGGCAAACUGGGACCCCAGAUCAACGUAAGCAAAAAGGGGACAAUAUACAUGGGGAAAAGGAGAGGGCGCAAACCUAAAGCAUCAACAAACCCCUCAGUGGCAGCUUCAACAACACCCCCGGAGAGGCCUUUCCUGUCCCCAAACACCACACCGCCCCCCUACCACCAUCUCUCCCAGUCUCAGCAGCAGCACCACCAUCUCCCCACUGCUGAGGUGUUCCCCUCCCCCUCGCUCUCCCAGUCCAGUGGAGGCCAGAGCCCCAUCAGUGAUGCCUGCUUUGUGGAGCCAGGGGCAGUGCACUUCCUGACACACCCACACUUCCACUCCCACCAUGUCCACCACUCAUUCCCCUUCCCUCCCCCGACGUUCUCAGCCCCCUCCCCUCGCGCUCUGGUCUCCUCGGCUGCCGUGGCCUCCCAGAAGAAGUCGUGCCGUGGCUACCAUCACCACCACCACCAUUACAGGCAGCACUACCACUACCGUAAGCUAUCCCCUCCCACGCCUCUCCACCCCACAUCCCCUGCACCUCUGAGUGAACUGAAGGAAGCCACCCCCUCACCCGUCAGUGAGUCUCAUAGCGAGGAGACUGUACCCAGCGACAGCGGCAUAGGAACAGACAACAACAGCACUUCUGACCGGGGAGAGAAGGCCUGCGGCGUGGGGAUGCCACCUGGGAUGGCCAGUGGGCUGCUAAUGCCAGGGGUGAUGGGCUCAGCUGUGGGGGUAGGAGUUGGGCAGAACCCUCAUGGUGGACUAAGACACUCGUCCUCAGUGCUGCUGGAGCACCCCUCAUCCUCUCCGUCACCGCUGGGGGUGAGGUCCUCACCCGACCCUCGCAGGCCCCACCCGGCAGCCCCUCCCUCUGCACUAGUGGGCCACAAAGAGAAACACAAGCACAAAUGCAAGCGCCGGAGCCACGGUUGCCCGGGCUACGACAAGCUAAAGAGGCAGAAGCGCAAACGCAAGAAGAAGUACCUGCAGCUGCGCUCCCGGCGCCAGGACCCCGACUUCCUGGCCGAGCUGGAUGAGAUUGUGUUGAGGCUGAGUGAGAUCCGGAUAGCGCACCGCACCCCCGCUCACAGACUGGGCAGUGGGCUGGGGAUGCCCCCGGGAGCUGCAGGAGCGAGCAGAGUACCAGGGUCGGGUGGCAGGGCCGCUGGGACCAUGGGAGGCGCUGGUGGCCCCCCUCCGCAUCACUACCUGCACAGAGACCUGCUCCCCACAAUUUUCAGGAUCAACUUCAGCGGCUACUACUCCCCCCACCCCUCGUACCCCUGUGACUCUCUGCACUACGUCCGCAAGCCAGACCUGAAGAAGAAACGCGGGCGCCCUCCCAAGCUGCGGGAGUCAUUGUCAGACGUACCCUUUGUUCACGGGUUGGGGUUCCCGCUAUCUAGCGGCGGGUUCUACCACCCAUCCUACAGUGUUCCCUACUCCUCUGGUCCCCUUGGUCUGGGCUACUACAGAGGAUACCCCCCAGCCAGCGCCCUGUACCCCCAUCACCAGAACCCCCUUUCUGCCCCGUCCCACCACUCCCAUCAUUCCCCCUCCUUCCACCCGCCGCCUCCCCCUUCCUACGUGCACCACCACCACCCGUCACACCUCCUGCUCAACCCCUCCAAAUUUCACAAAAAGAAACACAAGCUGCUGAGGCAGGAGUUCCUGGGUGGGGGCCGGUCUCCCGUGCUCUACCCUACUAUGUCCUCAGAGCUGUCUUUCGGCUGGCAUCACAAACACAAACACAGACACAAACACAGAGAGCGCUGUGCCGAGGAGGACGGGGAAGAGGGAGGAGGAGGGAGCCGAGGCGGAGUGGGAAUGACCGAGAGCCCGGGAUCGGGAAGAGGAGAACACGGAGCCAGCGGCGCUGGAAUGGCCGAAUCUCUGCAGCGCUGCCGCUUCGGAAGAGACUCCACCCCUACUACCACCAGUGCCAACAACCAGGCCACGGCCAACUCCCCUUCCUCGUCCUCCUCUUCCUCAGCUGAGAGGUACAAGCGCAAGGAGACAUCCCUGUCCUGCCUGGGGCCCUCUCGCCUGACCCAGGGCAGUGCCGGCCCCCGGGGCCACCAUCCCGUAGAGUCCUGGUUCAGGAUGGGAAGCUCUGAGGCAGACUAUGCUAAGCUCUCCCGGAUCCCUGCAGGGGCUGACCAGGGUCCGUUCACAGAAGGCCAGGGAGAAGACCCGGCGGGCUGCUCAGACAGUGAGGAUGAGGAUGAGGAGCCCCUCACGCCCACAGAUGAGAUGGACCCCAACUCCCAGGACCCCCCGCACCACACCAACCUGUUCGCCACCGCCCUGACCAGCACAUCGCUGAGGGGAGUCGGAGGCAGGAAGGGAGUGGCAGCGGAGAGUGCGAACUUCUCCCGGAUGGAGCUGAUGCUGAAAAAGGACCACUCCACUUCAGCAGAGAGGAGAGAGUUGGGCAAUACAUCAGGUGUCCAGACCCGAGGCGACCACUCUGCCCCUGAGGACCACCUCAUGCAGCACCACAACCACCACCCUCUGUUCCACUCCCUUUCUUCCUCCUCCGCCUGCCUCUCCCACUGCGGCCACGACUCACCCUCCCAGGGCUGCUGCCUGGACAAGGAUGCCUCCCCGCAGAACCACUCCCACCGGGCCCAGCCCUCCAAACACAGCCUGCACCACGUCAACAAGAUCCUCCGCGCCAAGAAGCUCCAGAGACAGGCGAGGACAGGCAACAACGUGGUCAAGAAGAGGGGCCCCGGGCGCCCCAGGAAGCAUCCCCUGCCCUCCCCACCCCCAUCGCUGCCCCCUCCGGCUGAAGUGACCCAGACCAGGCACCGGGACCGAGGAGGAGGGUCAGGGGGAGGAGCGUGUAAAGAGGACACGGUGACAGACGCGAUCGAGUCGGUGGUCCAGGGCCAGCGCAGGAAAGGCCAGAAGAGGAACCACUGGGAGAGAGAUGAGGAUGAAGAGAAGGAGGAAGGGGAGGGUGAGGAGGUAGGGGAGGGUGAGGAGGUGGAGGAACGAGCGCUGGACAGGGAGGUGAACCUGGGAGGCCUGGGGAUGAGGUCCAGAGCUGGGGGAGGAAGAGACUGGCUCACCCAAGAGGAGCUGCAGCGCUUUCGCAGUGCUUUGGAGGGGAAACCAGAUGGCCCCUCCUCCCCGGAACCACCAGGCACCGUCUCCAUGGAACAAGCUCCACCCAUGCCUAUAACCAGCCUACGGGAGAAGAGGGCAGCCAGGCCUCCAAAGAAAAAGUACCAAAAAGCGGGGCUCUACUCUGAUGUGUACAAGACUGCGGAUCCUCGCAGUCAGAUCCUGCAACUGAAGAAAGAGAAACUGGAGUACACACCUGGGGAACACGAGUACGGGCUUUUUCCUGCCCCCAUCCAUGUCGGAAAGUACCUAAGACAGAAGCGCAUUGAUUUCCAGUUGCCUUAUGACAUCUUGUGGCUGUGGAAACAUGACCAGCUCUACGAGAAGCCUGACGUCCCCCUUUAUAAAAAGAUCAGAUCAAACGUCUAUGUGGAUGUGAAGCCUGUCUCAGGUUAUGAAGCCACCACCUGUAACUGCAGGCCUUCCGGGGAAGCCGUAGACAGAGGCUGCCUUGACGAAUGCCUCAACAGGAUGAGCUUUGCCGAGUGCUCCCCCGGCACCUGUCCCUGCGCGGAGCAGUGCGACAAUCAGCACAUCCAGAGGCAUGAGUGGGUGCAGUGCCUGGAGCGCUUCCGUGCCGAGGGCAAGGGUUGGGGCAUCCGCACCAAGGAGCCCCUCCGCUCAGGCCAGUUCAUCAUCGAAUACCUGGGAGAGGUCGUCAGCGAGCACGAGUUCAGAAGUCGCAUGAUGGAGCAGUACUUCGCCCACAGCGGCCAAUACUGCCUGAACCUGGACAGCGGCAUGGUGAUCGACAGCUACCGGAUGGGCAACGAGGCCCGCUUCAUCAACCAUAGCUGUGAACCCAACUGUGAGAUGCAGAAGUGGUCGGUGAAUGGGGUGUACAGGAUCGGCCUCUUCGCCCUCAGGGACAUGAGCAGCGGCACGGAGCUCACCUACGACUACAACUUCCACUCCUUCAACACCGAAGAGCAGCAAGUGUGUAAGUGUGGCUCUGAGGGCUGCCGGGGUAUCAUUGGAGGGAAGAGUCAGCGAAUCAACGGGAUGCCUGGGAAGACGGGCGGGGCACGGCGGCUGGGUCGACUCAAGGAGAAACGCAAGUCCAAGCACCAGCUGAAAAAACGAGUGCGUGUAAGGGAGAGAGGGAGUGAGACUGGAGGAAAUGUCAGAGAAAAAAAGGAGGAGGAAUCAAGUGACAGCAGCAAGUUUUAUCCCCACCUUCUCAUGAAACCCAUGUCCAAUAGAGAGAGAAACUUUGUGCUGAAACACCGGGUGUUCCUGCUCAGGAACUGGGAGAAGAUGAGGGAGAAGCAGGAGCUGCUGAAGAGGGAAGGCGAGAGGGAGGCCAGCGGCGGCCUGUCCAUCUACACACGCUGGGGAGGAGUCAUCCGCGACGAUGGAAACAUCAAGUCAGACGUGUUCCUGACACAGUUCUCGGCGCUGCAGACGUCCCGGUCGGUGCGCACGCGGAGGCUGGCGGCAGCCGAGGAGAACACGGAGGUCACCCGCACUGCCCGCCUGGCACACAUCUUCAAAGAGAUCUGUGACAUGAUCACAAGCUACAAGGACUCAGCUGGUCAGACCCUUGCUGCUCCACUGGUCAACCUACCUUCAAGAAAGCGGAACACGCAGUACUAUGAGAAGGUGUCGGACCCGCUGGACCUGAGCACCAUUGAGAAGCAGAUCACCACAGGGCACUACAAGACUGUGGAGGCCUUUGACACCGACAUGCUCAAAGUGUUCCGCAAUGCAGAGAAAUACUACGGGCGGAAGUCGUCGGUUGGGAGGGAUGUGUGCAGGCUGAGGAAGGCCUACUACGGAGCUCGUCACGAGGCUGCCGUCCAGAUCGACGAGAUCGUUGGGGAGACAGCCAGCGAAGCGGACAGCUCGGAUUCGCUGGAGCGAGACCACACCCAUCACCACCACGGAGGGGGCUGGCCGGGCUCCCAUGACAAGGACGAUGACAUAAUCCGCUGCAUCUGCGGCAUGUACAAAGACGAGGGCCUGAUGAUCCAGUGUGAGAAGUGCAUGGUGUGGCAGCACUUUGACUGCAUGCGGCUUGAGGCGGAGGUGGAACACUACCUGUGUGAUCAGUGCGACCCCCGACCUGUGGACAGGGAGGUGCCAAUGCUGCCCCAGCCCAGCUACGCCCAGUCUGGUUCUAUCUACCACAUCUGUUUACUGCGAGACGAACUCCUGCUGCACCAAGGUGACUGUGUGUACCUGAUGAGGGACAGCAGACGCACCCCAGAGGGCCAGCCAGUCAGGCAGUCCUACCGCCUCCUAUCCCAUGUCAACAGGGACAAGCUGGACAUCUUCCGCAUCGAGAAACUCUGGAAGAGCGAAAAGGGUGAGAGGUUUGCCUUUGGCCACCAUUACUUCAGGCCCCACGAGACACACCACUCGCCCUCGCGCCGCUUCUACCACAACGAGUUGUUCCGCGUGCCGCUCUACGAGAUCAUCCCACUGGAGGCCGUGGUUGGGACCUGCUGUGUCCUCGACCUCUACACUUACUGCAAGGGACGGCCGAAGGGAGUGAAGGAGCAGGACGUGUACAUCUGCGACUACCGCCUGGACAAGUCAGCGCACCUCUUCUACAAGAUCCACCGCAACCGCUUCCCCGUGUGCACUAAGCCCUACGCCUUCAACCACUUCCCCAAGAGGCUGGCCCCCAAGAGAGACUUCUCGCCGCACUACGUUCCCGACAACUACAAGAGGAACGGGGGGCGUUCGGCCUGGAAGAGCGAGCGGCCCAAAGGAGUUGGAGGAGCCUGUGAGGACGAUGCUUCCCCAUGCGACCAGGGUGACAACUUCCAUCCGGCGAGUGAAAACGGAAAAGGGGUGGAGGGGGACAUGGAUGCUGCCCAAGAAGAAACCACACUCCCUGCGGCUGCUCAACCCCCGCAACCAGUUGGGCCAGGGGAGGGAGAAGAAGAGGAAGGGGGGCAGGAGGUAGAGGAGCAUAGGGAGCUGGAGGAAGGUGCAGCAGAGAGAGGAGUAGACAUGCUGGAACUCCUCCCUUCCAUGUCUUCCUCACCCCUCCAUCACUCUGGACUUGGCAGGAGGGAGGCACAAAGGGAUCGGCUAAACAAGAUUCUGCUGGAUCUGCUACACAGAACACCCAAUAAGAAUGCCAUAGAUGUCACUUAUCUUCUAGAGGAGGGGUCAGGGCGGCGAUUACGUAGAAGGACGCUUGGAUUCGGAGACUUUGUGGGUAGAAAAUGAUGUUGCCACUUACCUGGCAAGCACAUUCCCCUUUCAUUCACUUGGGAGAGGUGGGGGUGAAAUGGAAAACAUAGUAAGGGAAGAUGACAUUUGCAAAGAGAAAGUGACCACAAAGGGCAAGGGUUGGUACCCCUUCCCAGGCGUGUCCCCUCUUCCCCAACCUGUCAUCUCAAGUGAUGAGAGAGCCCAAUGACAACCCAACGGUUUGAAGCAGUGCACUCGGCAGUCGUGGUCAUUGGUAACGGUUUUGUUGGGGACGCAAGGACUUCUUCUCAGGAGGGUGGACCCAGACUUAUUGAAGUAUGAUGCAAAUGCAUAUUUUUUUUUUACGUAGGAAAAAGUACCCCAUGCACUUAAAAAUGCGCAUUGAACAAAUAAUCAAAGACAGCCCUGGUUACUCAGGACGAAGAGACUAUUACAUAGGCUCCACAUUAUCCAUACACACGGCUCAUCAGUGCAACCUUGAGUCAAUUAUUUUUAGUGAGCAAAAGAAAGGAACAUGUGGUACUGAACAUGGCUGUAGCAUAGUCAUAGACUGAAAUAUACUUUUUUUUUUACGACAUCAAAUGAGAAUGAGGAGGCUGGAGACCUGCGCCCCCAGUGGGAAUGAAACUAAACAUAGGCCACGAGACCUAAAUGUACCAGGAUAAGGGGCAUAGGAGUGACAUAGGAGGCUAUGCAGUGGACUGUAUGAGCAACUUGUAAACAUACACUGCUGACGAUGAACUAGGAGAGAAGCUGCAGGAACGAGGUUGGUCAACUGCACUUUUGUACCAUGGAUAUUGUUGGCUCUCUAAUGUAUCAACGAGACACACUAACGCUCACACGGUAUUGGAUGAUGCAGUCUGAAAAGCAAGUUAAUAAUAAGUAUUUCUUUUUUCAUACUGUAGUAAUUCAUUAGGAACAGAGAAGGAAGGAUGGGAUUGUGUUUGUAAAGAAUAGCUGGUGGUCUUUGGAAAGAUAGAAUGUGCGCUUUUGGUCAGUCAAGUGUCUUGUUCAGUUUGUGAGGCAGUCCGCUUCGCCCCUCUUUCACCAGCUUAAUGAAGUCAGGCGGCGGGAACACUGACUCUUACUGUAACGCCUUAGAACGCCGUGGUCCCUGACUGCCUUGCGUGAGUGUAUGCACAUCUGUGUGUCUAAUCUGCCAGAUUUCUUGAAGAAAAAAAAAUACGAAAAAAUUAAGGGCUUGAUGGCAAUUAACAUUUUAUGGGAAAUUAUGGAAACCAUAGGUAAUGUAAAAUGUAUUGUGACGGUCAUAUUUUCUUAUAUUCUGUGAAAAGGGGUAUCUGUUGGGAGGGAAGGGAUUCUAGCUGUAAAUGUUUUCUUCAAAUGUGUUUCUGGUUGCCAUGGAGAAUAUUUUAAAUCAUUUGUGAGAUUUGAUGAGAUUUAUUUUUUCCAAAUGCUUCUGUUUAAAAUGAGACUUUAGAUCGAGAUGUCCCAUCAAGAUGGACUGGCAUAGAGAUGGAGAGAGUAAGAAAACAGAUGGAAAGGGGACAAAAAGUUGUACAGUGCCAAGUUUUGUAUAUACAGACUGGGAUAAUGUGAGAAGUGUCUCCAAAAGCAAUAUCUUGAUAACGGAUUUCGUGUAUUGUACAGGACUCAGCCCCAUAUGUAUUAUAAUUAUUAUUUCUGCCAUUUGUAUUACUAUUAUCGAGACACUUAAGCUUGAGAGAGGUGUUUUUGUCCAGUAAAACGUACAACUGUCCUAAUUGAAUGACAUGAACUUAAACAGAAUUUUUGUUGCCUAAACGUUAUACUGAACAAAAAUAUAAAUGCAACAUGCAACAAUUUCAAAGAUGUUACUGAGUUACAGUUCAUAUAAGGAAAUCGGUCAAUUGAAAUAAAUUCAUUAGGCCCCAAUCUAUGGAUUUCACCGAUAUGCAACUGUUGGUAAAAGAUACCGUGAAAAUCCUGAGGCCCAUUUUUUUAAAGGCAUCUCUGUGCAUUCAAAUUACCAUAGAUAAAAUGCAAUUGUGUUCGUUGACAUCAGCAAACCACUCACCCACACGACGCCAUACACGUGGUCUGUGGUUGUAAGGCCGGCUGGAUAUACUGCUAAAUUCUCUAAAACAAUGUUGGAGGCGGCUUAUGGUAGAGAAAUGAACAUUAAAUUCUCUGACAACAGUUCUGGUGGACAUUCCUGCAGUCACUAUGCCAAUUGCAUGCUCUCUCAACUUCACACAUCUGUGGCAUUGUGUUGUGACAAAACUGUGCAUUUUAGUGGCCUUUCAUUGUCCCCAGCACAAGGUGCACCUGUGUAAUGACCAUGCUGUUUAAUCAGCUACUUGAUACUCCACACUUGUCAGGUGGAUUAAUUAACUUGGUCAAGGAGAAAUGCUCACUAACAGGGAUGUGAACAAAUUUGUGCACAAUGAGAGAAAUAAGCUUUUUAUGCAUAUGGAAAAUCUCUGGGAUCUUUUAGUUCUGCUCAUGAAACAUGGGACCAACCCUUUACAUGUUGCGUUUAUAUUUUUGUUCAGUGUGAGAAGAAUGUCAAACGAACUUCAUAUAAAGCAUUGGGACAUAACAGUGACUCUGAAAUUACAUCUGUCGCUGUAAUAAUAUUACUUCUGAGGAGAAAAUAUGCUCCUUGUUUUUGCUGCAAAGUGUUGAACACUAAAAAAACAAACCAACUUAAUGUUGAUAUUUUGAAAGAUGUCAGCUCCAAUAUGUAACCCCCCCUUGAGAAAUUGUUCAGUUUGUGAUAGCGGUCAUAAAUAUGAUGCUUGUACUUGUAUUUGUGUGUUUUGUGUGAUUUGUUUAGUUAUUUUUAGACGAUCACAAAAUAAGAUACAAGCAUUUUAAAUGGACAGCCUGGCAGACAUUUUGUGAUGUGUACAGUUUGUCAACUUCUUCCACUCUCGUUAAAAGUUUGUAAUUAUGAUUCUAAAGUUAUGAAAAUGCUGUUGGUUUUUACUUUUUGUUUUAUAUUCAAUUUGUUUUUGUUUGUUUUUUAAUAAAAAGCACUACAUUAUUGUGAA